CGGCCUGGCCGAAAGUCUCCUUCCGGGUGAGAGAGGCGGGUGCCUCGGAUGUAAUAGCUGCGAAAGCAUCUUUCCUUUUCUUCCCCGCCUGACCGAGGGUUCCGAGGGGAGCGCCGGCGGCUGGAGGAAGCCUACUGCCAAUCAUGCCAAAGAGGAAAGUGACUUUCCAAGGUGUGGGAGAUGAGGAUGAUGAAGAUGAAAUCAGUGUUCCCAAAAAGAAGCUGGUGGACCCUGUGGCCGGAGCAGGGGGCCCUGGCAGCCGCUUCAAAGGCAAACACUCUUUGGACAGUGAUGAGGAGGAUGAUGAUGAGGAGGGGUCCAGGAAAUACGAUAUCUUGGCCUCGGAGGAUGUAGAAGGUCAGGAAGCAGCUACGCUCCCUAGUGAGGGGGGUGUGAGGAUCACACCUUUCAACCUGCAGGAAGAGAUGGAGGAGGGCCACUUCGAUGCUGACGGCAACUACUUCCUGAACCAGGAUGCGCAGAUCCGAGACAGCUGGCUGGACAACAUUGACUGGGUGAAGAUCAAGGAACGGCCCCCUGAUAAGCACCAGGUUUCAGACUCAGAGGACGAAGACAGCCUGGGUCAGACUCCGAUGAGUGCCCAAGCCCUCCUGGAGGGACUUUUGGAGCUGAUGUUGCCAAGAGAGACAGUGGCUGGGGCACUUAGGCGGCUGGGGGCCCGAGGAGGAGGCAAAGGGGACAGCAAGGGGACCAGGCGGCCCAGUUCCCCACAGCGCCUUGACCGGCUUUCCGGAUUGGCUGAUCAGAUGGUGGCUCGGGGCAACCUUGGCGUAUACCAGGAGACACGGGAAAGGUUGGCUAUGCGACUGAAGGGUUUGGGGUGUCGAGCCCAGGCACCCCAAGACCCCAUACCUCCACCCUCCCUGGACAUGUUUGCUGAGGAAGUAACAGAGGGGGAACUGGAAACCCCCACCCCCACCCCUGCCCAUCGAGAAGCAGAGUCAGCAGGAGAUGGGCUGAUGGACGUGAUGUGGGAGUAUAAGUGGGAGAACACGGGCGACGCCGAGCUGUAUGGACCCUUUACCAGUGCCCAGAUGCAGACCUGGGUGAGCGAAGGCUACUUCCCAGAUGGAGUUUAUUGCCGGAAGCUUGACCCUCCAGGCGGCCAGUUCUACAAUUCCAAACGCAUUGAUUUUGACCUCUACACGUGAGCCUGCCGAGGGCCCAGUGUGGCAGCCCCUUCUUUCUUGGACUUGGCAGAGGAGGCCCCAGCUGCCCUGGGCAGUGAGACUAUGGGGGGCCACUUUUCAGCCAGUUUCUCUUACCCAAUAAAAGCCUUGAGUGUGUAUCAGGGCCUUGACUGUGCUGAUGGCCAGAAACCAGGGCUUCUCGGAGCUCUUGUCGGCCUCACCUGGGCCCUUGAGUGUUUUCUCUGGAGAGAUUUUUCCCCAGAGGCUUCUCUCUGGUGUCGUGAACCACCUUGCUUUUUGUUCCCCGCCCUUGCUGGCAGAAAUAGGGCCCAUCAGGUGUCCUGUGACUUUCUUACCUAGACUUCUGCUUGCCGUGUAAAAUUCCCUUCAGUCACCCUGUCCUCCAGGCUCCCCUGCAAGUCCUCAUUCUGCUGACCUUUGGCUUUUAGAAGCUCAGCUUCUCUGUCCUGGCAGCCUCUUGCGGCUGGGACUUUUGGAAGACUUUGAGAUCCUGUUGAGAACGCACAGGAAGCCCCUGAAACAUGGGUUCUCCUCUUCUCCCUAGUCCGUUUUUUUCUGUCCCUCGCCGUAGCUCUCAUAGCUUGGAGUGACGUGUAAACUGAGUAGUGCCUCAGGACCACCAUGCAUUCUACAGGCUCAGAGAGGGACAGGGCCUUCCUGGAGAGCUCAUUAAUUCCCCUGACCUUUCUUGGCUUAAAGCUUUUUCUUGCUUGGUUCUGUCGGGCACUGCAGCAUAAAAUUCCUGGGCUCCAACAUCUCUGGCAUAGGGUUAGUGCCUUGAGAAACAGCACUGGACUGGCCCCCUUCCAGGAAUCCUGAGUGCAGUGGGGGCCUAACAGACCUCACCUGCCAGUGCUGCUGUGUGCCCACCUCCACGAGGGGCACCUGAGAGUUACAGGGUAGUGGGAUCCAGGCUAGGAACUUCUAAAGUACCGGCUCAGCUCUGGCCUGGUUGGGGGGCUUGAGGCAGAGACCCCCAACUACUCCGACAAACCCUGUUUCCUGGCAGCCUAGACCACAGUUUCUCUGACUUCAAGAAGCCCAUUAGUGGUAAGCCAGCUGACUUUGUGUUGCUAAGACAGCAGGAACCCUGCAGUUAGCGUAAGGUGUUCCUGAUUAAAAAGGAACUGGCUUUGAGUGAAAAGCUGCUGUCUCGGGAUGGAUGAAAUCCAGGCAUGUCCAUAGCUGGAGUGAUCGCUCACAGGUGUUAGGUGAGCCCGACCCCAGGAGCGUCCCUGAGGUGAGCCCUCCAGGUUCCUCAGACCCGCCUGUUCUAAAGCUGGUUUCUUCCCCUCGUGCUUUCUGAGUGCACCUCACCGAUGACACCCAGGAGAAGGCAGAACAUUGAUUUCCAAAGAAAACCACAUCCUGAGCCCCAGACCCCGUGGAUAGUACUGGAUGUGGGAAGGGGGGUGGGUUGUGCAGAAAUGGUGACAUUGAGUUUGUUGUUGGUUUUUGUUGUUUCUUGUUUUGUUUUGUUUUGUUUUUUGAGAUGGAGUCUCACUAGCCCUGGCUGACCUGAACUCACAAGAGAUCUGCCUGCCUCUGCCUCCUGAGUGUUGGGACUAAAGUCCUGCACAAAAUUGAGGAUUUUCGAAACUGGGGCAUUACCUUUGAUUAUUGGGUGGGACCGUUGUAAUCAUGGGCUCCUUACGCUGGAGGAGUUGCUGAGAGAUGCUCAGCAAGAGAGCAGAGGUGAAAGAUAGAGAAGAAAGGGUGUCCGGGAGCAGGUGUCCUGGAGAAACAGAAAAGGCAGCCAAGUGCAGCUCCACAGUGAUAGCCCGUGAAACCCACUGUGGACUUGUAACCUCCAGAACUGUAAGAUAAUAAAUCUGUGUCAAGCUGCUUA